AUGGUAUUACUUAGCUCGUCUACCGUUGGAGUUGCAUUGUCAUCCUCAAUAUUCGGUUUCUUCACUCUUAUACUCUUUUUAUCCGGAUACGCCUUGCAACAGCAAUCAGUCAAACAUAUACAAGUGGCACUACAGCGAUCACCGGCAGCAAACAUCAAAAUCGAACCGAUAUAUCCCUCAGAAUUGGUAUGGGACGACGCUAAACCACCUUCUGAACAUGUCGGAAACCCAGAUAGCAAGAGGCGAGGCCAUAUAUUGGGCAGAAGGACGAAAGUAAGCCAAGAAAUAGACGAAUAUGUAUUGGACGGUCUUGCAGAGGAAGGCGAGGGCAUCGAGGAAGGAAUAGCGAAGGCAAAGAAUGCGUUUCUACAUAUCCUGACGAAACCAGUCGCCUCUGAUAUCUGCUCUACGAUACUGCUUUUUGAGAAACUUGCAUCAAACAGCUCUCAAACCAGCGAGCGAGUACUUCUGUAUCCAAAGGCGUGGGACGCUAGCUCUCCAACUAAGAGUGUCUCGUCCGCUCUCGCCAUCCUGAAGAAAUCAAGUGCCCGGUUGAAUGCUGUUGUUCAAGGAGUCGAUACGUCCAAUAUACGGCCCAAAGCAUUAUCGGAAACACAAAUGAUGAAAAUGGCAUCAGAUCAGCUAGUUAAAUACGAGAGGGUUCUAUUCUUGCGUUCCCCUGGCCAUAUCGUCAGCAUUGACAAGCUGGAGCAGAUGAUUACAUCUGACAUUGUGAAGACGAUGCGAGUGGGCACCUCUCGCAUGAUUCCACCCACCUGGAUACCAGCUCACCUCUCUAUAACCCAACGUCAAUUACCUCCCGCAUUAUUAGUGGCUAGUGAGCCUUCCAUAGGCACAAGCGGCAAGGAACCCUCCAAGCCUCAUGUCCUAAAUUCCGAAACAAUGCAACAGAUGAAUUACGUCAUGGAGUCCUCUGAAUCCCCUGGAAGGUAUCCAGGUCCUGCAUACGUCUACUUCGAAACUGGUAUGGUUCAUCGAGGGGGGAGGGUGGACAUGCAUUACAGCGAAUGGAAGAAGCAAGUCCAGUCAGUCUGCGAAGGCGUGAAUCUCGGCCUUUGA